GGAAGCAGUCGCUAACCCGGAAGAGGUGGUGGUAUAAGGCUUUGCUGGCGGUGGUGGCGGCUGUCUCGGCUUUGGAGGUUGGUGCGGCGCUAGGAUGAACGCGCCUCCCGCCUUCGAGUCGUUCUUGCUCUUCGAGGGCGAGAAAAAGAUUACCAUUAACAAGGACACCAAGGUACCCAAUGCCUGUUUGUUCACCAUCAACAAAGAAGACCACACGCUAGGAAACAUCAUUAAAUCACAGCUGCUCAAGGACCCGCAGGUGCUGUUCGCCGGCUACAAAGUCCCCCACCCCUUGGAGCACAAGAUCAUCAUCCGGGUGCAGACCACCCCGGACUACAGCCCGCAGGAGGCCUUCACCAAUGCCAUCACGGACCUCAUCAGCGAGCUCUCCCUGCUGGAGGAGCGCUUCCGGGUGGCCAUUAAAGACAAGCAAGAAGGCAUCGAGUAGCGGCGGGAAGUGUUGCUGGGCCGGCUCCUACCCUGCGCUGGAACCUUUUUCAGCUCCCAGUAGAGGAGAGCAGCUUCCCCAACGUUGGGGACAUCCUGGUGAACCCGUCCCCACCGACAUGUCCUACACACGGUUUGUUUUGCUUUCUUGAUAAAGAGCAGCAGGAGGCCUGACCGGGUGCUGCGGCGGCAGCAGGUGCAUGGGGCGCGUGGAGGCCGAGGACUGGUUUCCCAUCGUGGACGGGCCCUGCACCCCGGAUUCCUGGCUGAGGAGCUGGUGGGACUGAACUUCUAGACCAGCUCUCGGGAACCCAGGCCAGGCGUGGGGCCGGCAGCCAGGCAGCCUCUGCUCGCGGCUCGGCCGGCCUCCCACCGCGUCGGCACGCCAGCCGGGGCCCCAAGCAGCCCUCCAGCCUUCUUACACAGCAGAGAGUUUAAUAAAAAUAUUCCCCGAUAAAAA